AUGGUACGAAAUUUUAAAAGAAAAACUAAUAGAGGUUAUACUUCUGGAGAUGUCAUAAUGUGUGCUGUUAAAGAUGUAAAUAUUAAUAACAUUUCUAUUAGAUCAGCAGCAAAAAACCAUGGCAUUAAUGAAAAAGUAGAAAAAGAACUGGUCACCUACCUGUUGCGAGCAGCAGAUAUAUAUUUUGGUUUAACUCCUACCGAAGUAAAAAAGCUUGCUUUCCAGCUAGCAAUUAAAAAUAAUAUUAAGGUUCCCAAUUCUUGGGUUGUAAAGGAACAAGCUGGUAAGGAUUGGUUUACAGGAUUUAUAAAGCGCCAUUCAAAUAUUUCCAUUAGGCAACCUGAAGCUACUAGUUUAAGUCGAGCGACAAGUUUCAAUAAGCAGAAUGUUGCAUCAUUUUUUAGCAAUUUGCAGCACUGUAUGCAAAAAUAUUCGUUCUCACCAAAUGACAUUUGGAACAUGGACGAAACUGCUGUAACUAUUGUACAGCAACUUAAAAAGGUUAUUGCGAAAAAAGGAUUAAAACAAGUAGGAGCCAUCACGUCAGCUGAAAGAGGAACUCUUGUAACAUUAGCAUGCACAAUAAAUGCUAUUGGAAAUAGUAUUCCACCCUUUUUUAUUUUUCCUCGUAAAAACUUUAAAGAUCGUUUCCUAUUCAGUGCACCAACAGCAAGUGCAGGAGAUACAAAUCCAAGUGGUUGGAUGAAAGAAGAAAACUUUGCUGUAUCUCCCCACAAUAUUUUAAGUGGUCUUUCUGCAACAGGUAUUUACCCGUUAAAUCCUGAUGUGUUUACUGAAAAUGAUUACUGUCCUAACUAUGUAACUGAUCGCCCUGACCCACCUUGUUCACAGGCUGAUUCAAAUAAAAAAGACUAUGGGCAUAAAACGCAUACAAAAAGGAUUAGCUUGUUAGAUUUUUCAAAGGAAAAUGAAAUAGUUAUUAUAGCUUUACCACCUCAUACUUCUUCCAAGUUGCAGCCAUUUAAUCAAAGCUUUUGGAAACGGCUUAAAACUUUUUUCAAUAUAGAAUUUGGAUUAUGGUUGUAUGAGCAUACUGGACAAGAAAUAACAAAUGAUCAAUUUGGAGGUAUAUUCUCCAAAGCUUAUCAUAAAGUUGUCACUAUAGAAGUUGUCUGUUCUGGCGUUUUUACAUCUGGAAUUUAUCCAUUGUGUCGAGAUAUAAUUCCAGACAUUGAGUUUAAUAAUGAUAAAAGCUCUCAUGCCAACUUACAUAAACCUGAUAAAAUUAACUCACAAGUUAAUUCAAGCGCCUUAUUACGAUUGUAG